AUGUCCCUCUUGAAACCCUGUGACAAUGGUCGAUCCCGGUUGGAGCAGCUGUCGGACUCGCCGGACGGGGAGAGCAGCGUCAAGGACGAGGAGGACGAGGACAGCGAGGCCGGAGGGGGAGCCAGAGACUGCUGCUCCAGAUGCCCCCUGCGGGCCAUGAGGCGGCUGACCUGGGGCGUGGUGCUGGGGGGCUGCGUGGCCCUGUCCUGGGCCGGAGCCACCCACAGCGCCAAGCAGACCCUGGCCGCGCUGCACGCCCCGUACUUCAUCACCUGGUUCUGCAGCGUCUGGAACCUGCUGCUCUUCCCCAUCUACUACCUGGGACACCUGCUGGGGGCCGAGCAGAGGCAGUGGCCCAGCGCCUGCUUCAGGCAGUGCAGCAGUUUCCUGUGGGAUGGGGGCGUGUCGGUGCGGGUGCUGCUGAAGGGUGCGGCCCCCUUCUCGGUGCUGUGGAGCCUGUCUGGCUACCUGUACCUGCUGGCCCUCCACCGCAUCUCCACCAGCGACACCAGCGCCGUGCUCUGCUGCAGCCAGGCCUUCAUCUUCCUGCUCUCCUGGAUCGGCCUCAAGGACCGCUUCAUGGGAGUACGGAUUGUGGCAGCUAUUCUGUCCAUUACGGGGAUUGUCAUGAUGGCGUACGCUGACGGUUUCCAUAGUGACUCCAUCACUGGUGUGGCUCUUGGAGUGGGCUCUGCCUCCACGUCUGCCUUGUACAAGGUGUUGUUCAGGAAGCGUGUGGGGGAUUUUCGUCCGGGUCCGGCGAGCGUGCUGCUGUCGUGCGUGGGGCUGUUCAGCUGCGUGCUGCACUCCUGGGUGUGUGUGCUGCUCUACCUCACCCACGUGGAGUACUGGCCCCAGUCUCAGGCCAUGCCCUGGAGGACACUCUGCAUCAUGGCCUCACUGCUGAUGGCUUUCAACGUGUUGGUAAACCUUGGGGUGGCGCUGACGUACUCUUGCCUCAUCUCCCUUGGAGUCCUACUCAGCAUCCCAGCAAGCACAGCGCUGGACAUUUUGGUGACCUCCUCGGUGACCCAGUUAAGCAAAGUGAGGAUAGCUGCGGCAGGUAUCAUCGCGGCCGGCUACGUAAUGCUCUUGCUCCCGGAGAACUGGGACGAGAACACCCUGCGCUGGUGUGGCAAGCUCUGGCACGUGGGGUGGAGGGAGGAGAGCGUCAUCGUGGACGAGCUCACCGUGGACAGCGCCGGGGCAUCCCGGAUGAAACCCAAAACGGCGGGAAUUGUCGCACUGUCCUGAAUGUGGUUUUUGUGGGUUUGACAAAUAAGAUGGAAAGGUCGCACCAUGGUUUUUUAACUUUUCUUUUUUUUUGUGACGCACUAAGGAAAGCAGAGCACCGAAACGCGUCUGUGUAGUAAAAAUGAAAAAGAUGAUGCAUGGUGUGAUCUGAUUUUUCAGUUAAACAUUAUUUUGGUCAGUAGACCCUACCCUAAAUUAAGAGAGAAAUCUGUUUGGCUGAAGCCUGCUCCAACCUUCAUGAACAUUUGUGUUGGCUUGACAUGACACUUAAACUUAAACUUAAGAGUGAAUUAAUUUAUUUCAUCAUCGCAUCCCAUUUAGUCAAUCAGUUUACAUAUUAUAUUAUGGACUAAGGACAGUCUCAAAGGUCCCCAAAAGAAACUACAUGGAACUAGAGGGUCCAUGGCACAUAAUCAUUGAUACAACAAAUAUAAACUUCGUAGUCAACCCAUUUCCUUGUGGCACCUGAAAGCGUGAAUGAUAUGUUCUGUGUUCAUGAUCAGUAAAUGUGUAUGCACAUUAAAUGUUAUAUGCUGUAGAGAUUUGAGGUAUGACUUGCUUCAGCACCAUAGUUACUGUUGAACAACUUCAGGCAAUACUCCAGAAGCUUUUGAUUGUAGAAGUAUUUAUUGUGUGUGUUUUUCUGGG